AUGACACCACCUGGAAAAGUCCCAGAUGUUAAGCCCUUACCACGGAAGGGAUCCCGUGGCCCGUGUUCAGAAGUGAACUCGGCUCCCAGAAGAUGUCCUGGGAUCAUUAUCGAUCUCUUAACACCUGCCCCCGAAAAGACCCCAGCGGGUCAAAAGGAAUUUGAAGAGAUGUUGUUGGGGUUAGGUGAAGAUUUCACAAUUUUGGAUGAGUGGGAGGAAAUAUUUACCAAUGUGGAGGAACCAAAAAUUAUCGUGCAUCAGGAUAAGGUUAUUAAACCAGCGAUGAACACUAUUCCUGCUCCUACUCCUGCUCCUGCUCCUGGGCAACCGACUAAGGGCAUAGGAGCAGGAAGAAAAAACCUCAACCUCAUUAGGGUUGAGGUGGAUAAGGAGGAGGAGACGGAAGAAACACAACAACAACCCACUCAACCCGAAAUGGAGUUUAGACAAUUGGUUGAGGAAGAAUAUUUUCGGGUGGAGCUUCGGGGGAUUAAAAGAAAGUUGGAAGAGAAAGCCGAGCGACUUAAACGUAACCGAAGCUUCGCCCAAGAAAUUCUGAAAAAUCUGAAUACCGAAGAAGAGGAGGUGAUGGCUCGGAUGAACCGAGAAUUGGCUCAAAUUAAAAAGAGGCGUCAAGCCAUCACCUCCAUCCUCGAGAAACAGGUGGAAGAAGAACGCAUCUGCGACACCUCAAUAAAUAAUAUUAAUUUUUAAUUUUUUAUUAUAGGUAGUUAGUGUUUA